UCUCAACCUUACCUGGUUGUCGAUGAAGUGUAAGGAAGAAAGCAACAUGUCAUUCCUGGAAUUCUCUUUAUCAAGCUGGUAAAAGGAGACGCAGUUCUGUAACAUAAAGUAAAAAUCAGGAAAAGCAUUUCAAAAAGUGCAACAUUGGAUAUACAUUAAAGCAACUGCACCGGAUGGACUUUCACGUGAGUUUAACUCUUCCACAAAUACCACUGAUGUUAUCAAUUCAACAAAUUACGAUAGUGGUCAAAUACAUGGAAAUAUUUCCACUGUAUUGGAUUCCAGAUUACCACCGUAUUGGGAGGAAUUCUGUGAUCAGCAAAAAAUAAGGAACAAUGACACAUUGCUGCACUAUAAUUGCUACAUAAACGGAUCCUCCUCCGGUAAAUGGAAUUUUUCAAUACUACGACAGCAUAUAUUGGAAAAAGAUGAAAAGUACAGUUUUUCUGUGCAGUGUCAAAAUGGUGCUAGAAUCUCACUUCCAACACCAGUAAAAGCCAGUAAUAUUAUUAAGCUCCAUGUGCAUGACUGCAUAGCAGACGGCUAUUAUGCAGACUUUAGAAGACAUGAUUUGGACCUUCUUCCAGACGUACUGGAAGAAUAUGUUCUAAUAAAUGUGCAACAUUCAACAGGACUUAAAUUAAUGUAUGAAAGUCUUCAAAUAAAGACGGCAAAUCUGCCGAGAAGUGCUUUGUGUGGAAGCGAAGAGAAUUUAAGAAUAAAAAUAGAGCGGAACCAUACCUUCUCAUUCAUUCAUGAUCUAGGAAAUUCAAAGUCGGAUAUUGAAAUGUUCGCAAAAAUAGCCACCGAAAACAUAAUGGAUAGUAGAUUGUCACCACAUAAGUGUGUUUACAAAAAACUAGAGGUGCUUGAACAAUCCGUCACAUCAUCAUUAAGUAGAUAUUAUGCAACCAACCUAAUCGAACAAAAUAGAUUUCCAGAAUUAUCCGUUCUAAAUAUAUCACAUUCUAAUAUUUAUCGCAUACCUGAAAAUUUUAAAACCUGGUGGAUGUACUUUCCAAAUUUGAAGUACCUGGAUAUGUCUUACAACCGAAUUCAGGAUAUUGUUUUCCCGCGAACUGAUGCGAGGAUGAUGGGUAAUAGCAUUUCAAAUUUAACUCUUGAUCUAACAUUUAACAACAUAAGUGAAUUAUCUGUUCGUGAUUUUGAAAGAAUCAUCCAAAACAAGUAUUUAUUUGUUAAAUUGGCGAACAAUCCAUUCAACUGCACAUGUUCAGAUAAAAUGAAGGAGGUGUUAAGAUACAUUCAAGAGAGAGAUUGGAACUCAUCAAAGUACCAGAAGUACUCGUACAUCAGAGAUCUGGAGUGCUAUUAUCCCAAAGAUGUCAGAGGCCGGAGAUUACGAGACUUACAUCUUGAAGAUAUAAGCUGUGGAUUCGAUUUUAUGCCAGUUAUUAUAGCUUUAAGUGUGCUCUCAUUUGUCCUUCUCAUCUUCAUUCUAAUUAUUUUAAUCAAUUAUCGAAAAAUUCGAAUUUCUUGCUUAUCGAGAUUAAAUGUAGACUCAAAUUCAGUUAUUAAACUAAAGGAGAAUUGCUGAUUUAUCGAACAGUGAUGUCUUUAAUUCUUUCAUUGUACUUGUGUUUUGUACUUUUCAAAUCAAUGAA